GAGUUUAUCCGUGGUAGCUAUCGGUUAUCAGGCGAGGUACGGACGCGCGCUCGCGCAAACCAGCAGUUGAUGUUCGCGCGUCGAAAGGAAGACACAUCCGCUAGCCGCCUAGCGCCCUUGUGACUUGUGAUCGAUAUACAUCGCGUGGUGAUAAUAAACUUACAAAAAGCCGGUGAAUUUUAUUAAAAGGGUGCGUGUGUUUUGUUAUUUUUGUCUUCAAUAUUAUGGUGGUAUCCUAUCUUGUAUGGUAGAAUCCUUGCAGGGGCAGCGACGAAUGUCAAGGUAGACAACACAAAAACAAAUAAACAAACAUGAGAUUCUCGGCGAGGUUACAGUUGCUGACAUGCCUGGUGGUGUACGCGUCAAGCGCACACGCAAUCAUGGUGAAGUUCGGCACCAAAGAAGGUCCCAUUGUACCUCCAACGCCGGAGCCUACUCCUGCCCCACAACCGUACAGGAAUCCAGCGCCAGUGUGGGAGGAACGCUCCAACGACACGCCCGACCCUAACGCUCAAUGGCGACCACCAUUCUUUGUGCCUCAUCCGAGAUACACCAACGCUAUCUACAACUCCCCGCCACCACCGCAGCAGUUGAACAACGCGCAACGAUUCAUCAACGCAUACAUUCCUCUCAAACCACUUCAACCCCUGCAGAGAAGUUCAAUUCACCAGCAAAACCCACCAGCUAUCCUUGGAAGUCAGAGCUUGCCAGGCAUUGGUCUCCGAUACUUCUUCCCAGCUUACGCUACCCAGCAGAAACCAGCUAAACAAGAAGAUGCUAAGUUCAAUCAGAUAGAUAGUGUUCAUGAGCCUGGAGCGGUCGGUGUGGACUCUGCCCACGACUUCCAGUGGAAAUAUGAGAAGGACGCUACAAGACGGAACAUUAGGAACUCUUUGGAAAGCACAGUAAAAGCCCCAGUCUACCAAUGGCCAGCCUACGUUCCCCCGCGGCAUCACUAACGUUACUGAGUUCUUAGCAACAUGUCAGCCAUGUCGCUAUACGAACGCCGUAGUAACUGUGAUGUUUAAUUUAGUACUAGAUUAAGGAAAAAGUGCCAGAUGUAUCUACGUUUAUACAAUACUAAAAAGAUUGGAAGCUGUGUGGCAGCCCUACUCGGUCUAGAGGUCUGGAGAUUUUUUUUUUUAAUAUUUAUUAAUGUUAAAUUAUAAUUCUUUCCGGGCAGCGCGGUAUUUUGUUACACUCUGUAUAUAGUUUAACGUUUAUGAAAUAAAAUAAGGGCAGCUGUGGUAUUUAUUACGGUGUUAUUUCCUGGUUUUAUUAACACUACAAUAAAUAAUGAAUCAAUCAAUUAUAAAUCUCAAUGUUAUUUUUUGCUAAGAAUUUAUUUUAUUAUUAUCAUUUGUAGACAAAACAGUUAGCUUAUAAAAUCAAGAAGCUACAUGUGAUUUGGGCGAUAAAAUUUCCGAAAUUUUGAUUGUUUAUUAUGACGAUUACCAUACAGAGAUCGAUAAACGACUGAUGGCUUAAAUUAGCUUGUAUUUGUGAAAAGUAUCAUUAAACCACUGUUUGUUAACUGUUUCUAGCAGAACCAUCAAAUGACUAUCUACUGCACUUAUCAUCCACGAAUCACUUACGUAGAAUAUCAAUUGCGAGACCAUCGUAUACUAUUUUUUAUCAUUCAACCUUCAUUAGUUUAAUUUACGUACCAAAUUGUAGCUUUUCAAAAGUAUUUGAAAGCCAGAUCCUUAAUAUAAGGCACUGAUUUUAUUAGCGUUGUCGAAAAUGGGAUAGUAUAAUGUAUCUAUGCUUUUCGAUAAGAUAAAAGUGAUAUCAAUACCACGUACGAUUUACUAAAGGUCUUAUUCCUAAAGUAAUUGCGUGGUAAAGUCUUAUUUAAAAAGUGGAGGUUUAGUUUUAUUUCUAAAAGAAUAUGUAGGUGAAAGGAAAUCCUCUGAGCAUAAAUAAAAAUAAUUAUUAUUUCAAAAUUAAACCCAUUAAAAUUAUUUAUGUUUAUCAUGGGUCAUUUAAUUGUUUUAGUUUUUUAUGAAAUUUGAAUUUAUUUUUUGUUUUGUUUAAUUUUAUUUUCAUAUAUGCUCCACUUAUAAAUUAGGAAUUUAUACAUACAUACAUAUAUCUUCAUUUUAUUAUUCCAAGUUUGAUAAAGCCAAUAAAAUUCCAAGCCUUAUUUUGCUUAUACCACAAUCUUUUGCAGCGUUCAUUAAUUGCUGUAUAUAAAUUCAUGUUAUCAUCAAAUGAGCACUAUUAUUUUUCACGCGUGGAUCUAGUUUGGUCCGUAAAAUAAACUUUUUAAGGUUUCAUGAUAACAUUUGGUAAACUAUGGUCUUGUGACAUGAAUUCUGAAGUCUUUUGAGCCUUCUGCUAGAGUCAGAAGAGUUAUUGAAUUUAUAUGGAAAAUGAAAGAACAGUAAUUUUGCGAUGUAAUGAACAUUUAAUGUUAUUUAUAUUUUUUUUGGGCCCAAGUAACAUUUUAAAUAAGUAUACAAAGAAUACUAUAAAGCAUUAAUACUUUCAUUUUAAUUUUCGUUGUUUAUUAUAAACACGGCAGCCCUAAUUAUAUUUUUAUACACAGUUCGGGAAUUAAUUAUGCCUAUAAAUAUUCAUUUCGUAAAUUAAUUUUAUACAUAUAACUACUAGGCUUAUAACACGAGAUGAUUUAAAAAAAAUCUACUACUAAAGUACACUAAAGAGGAAACUCACUUUUAUCUUACUAUGUCUAUGAAAUAACUAAUAUUUUCCCCACUUAUUUAUUACUUUUUAUAUAAAAUAAUACAUUAAAAACUAAUUUCAAAUUUUAAACACUUGCCCUUCAUACAUCGGUACAUCACCGCCAUAAGUAUAUACGAAAAAAACACCAGUUCCUUUUUAAAUAAAUUUAAAUUGUAUUGUUAUCUGCCAAGGUCAUAACUAUUUGUAUUUAAGUUAAAUGAUAUACAUCUAAGAAUUAUAUUGCCAUUACGUAAAAUUGUAUUCUUCCGCGCUGACAUAUUUUUCUCGGUCGCUAUUAUGUUGGAGUAUAAAGAGUAUGAAAUAAUAUUGUCGUCUAACGACCAAAAGCGUCGAAAAUAAAUACAAAAUUAGUUUUUAAAAAUACCAGCGUGACUAUUAACUCCAGAGAGUGUGACGGAAGUUCAUUGUUCAUUUUCGUGAAUCGCUAUUUAGGUACUGUCUAUUGCUAAGAUACGUAAUUGUUCACUUCUUCCCUCUCGAACUUUCAUAAGUCCAUUAAGUAAGUUCAACUCCAAUUUAAAAAAUCAUCCGAUAAAAAUCUUUCAAAGAGCAUUACCUAUUGUUAUACAAUUUUAAACCUAUUUUACGUAAAAUGAAAGUCUACUUUCGUUUCGUUUUGUUAUUUCCUUUUAACGAAUUAAGUUAUAAUAAUAUACUGUAUUGUUUUUGAAUAUGUAUCACUUAGCUGUAAUUAUGCUUGUAAAUAUGUAAAAUAAAGAGAUAUGUAAACAUUU